AUGGACCUUGAUAAGCCAGUCACAAAGGACCGAGGCUGCGGUAGCACCUGCCUGCAGUUCGAGUCUGCCAGAGGAUCAGGAGUUAAGCUCCAGUGGGGCACCAUAGCUCUUGGGAUGCUCUUUUGGCAUAAGCAUAAUAUUGAAAAGUCCUUGGCUGAUUUGCCCAACUUCACCCCCUUCCCAGAUGAAUGGACUGUGGAAGAUAAAGUAUUAUUUGAGCAAGCCUUCAGUUUUCAUGGGAAAACUUUCCACAGAAUCCAACAGAUGCUUCCUGAUAAAUCUAUAGCGAGUUUGGUGAAAUUUUACUACUCUUGGAAGAAGACAAGAACUAAAACCAGCGUGAUGGACCGACAUGCCCGGAAACAAAAGCGGGAGCGGGAAGAGAGUGAGGAUGAACUGGAAGACACAAACGGAAGUAACCCCAUUGACAUUGAGAUUGAUCAGAACAAGGAGAGCAAAAAGGAGGCACCGCCUACUGAGGCAGUUCCUCAGGUAAAAAAAGAAAAACAUAGCACACAGGCCAAAAAUCGAGCGAAAAGGAAACCUCCGCGAGGAAUGUUUCUUUCUCAAGAAGACGUGGAAGCGGUUUCUGCCAAUGCCACGGCUGCCACCACGGUGCUGAGACAGCUGGACAUGGAGCUGAUCUCCAUCAAACGACAGAUUCAGAACAUUAAACAGACCAAUAGUGCUCUCAAAGAAAAACUUGAUGGUGGAAUAGAACCAUACCGGCUCCCGGAGGUCGUUCAGAAGUGCAAUGCCCGGUGGACCACGGAAGAGCAGCUCCUUGCUGUCCAAGCCAUCAGGAAAUACGGGCGAGAUUUUCAGGCAAUCUCAGACGUGAUUGGGAACAAGUCAGUGGUACAGGUGAAAAAUUUCUUUGUAAAUUAUCGACGCCGCUUCAACAUAGAUGAAGUUUUACAAGAAUGGGAGGCAGAACAUGGUAAAGAAGAGACCAAUGGGCCCAGUAACCAGAGACCUGCCAAGCCCCCUGACAGCUCUAUCAAGAUGCCCGAGGAGGAAGAUGAGACUGCUUCCGUCCUCGAUGUGAGAUACGCCUCGGCCUCGUGAGCGCCGCAGGGGGCUCGGAGCACUUGGUAUGGACUCCACGAUGUUAUCCAGGAUAUCAGGUAUUACAAGACAUCACCUAGCCAUCUGCAUCACAUCUCUGUGGACAAGCAGCUAUUACCAAAAAAGGCAUACACUUCCAGUCCUGCACUACAUCUGCCUUAAGUCCUUGCUCGUUCCUCCAUGUUGGCGCCACUUCUCAGAGAGCUCCGCUGCAUCCCACUCGGCCGCCGGCCGACGUGCUGGGGCCCACGGCUGCACGCUCCCCACCCCCACCCCGCCCUAGCGCGCAGCGCCGCGCAGGGCAGGGCGUGAUGGAGGGCCUGGCUCCGCCCUUGCAUGGCCCGCACUUUCUACUUUGUGCGUAUUGCGAUUCUCCGAGUAACCAGCCCUGCUGGCCUUCUAGAAAGCUCCUUGUUCUUUUUGGGGGCAGCCACCUAAGUAAUAUCAUGCUUCCUUGGAAAUCAAACGUUUAUUGGCAGACUCACAAUCUUUAUUGUACCAGCCAUCCUGAUGCCGCUCACCGCCCCCUAAGUGUAGAGCUACGGUUUAGAAACUGGGUGCCCUUCCCCUUUUCCUCUAAUGCUACGCCUUUCUCCCUUCCCACGUGGCUCACUCACAGCCACUGUCCUUGGACACUGUAGUUUACCAGGAAUACGGACCUCGGCGCUUUCUGCCUUCAGCCUUCAGCAUUGCGAUCCCAGGGUGGGUGCACCCCAUCUCUUCCUGAUCCCCCAGCCACCAUUGCCACCACCCCACCCCGAGAGAUUCGGUCCAUAUCACUGUACCUGGUGCUUGUACAUUUGGAAUUGGUGCCUUCUCCUUUUGGCAACCAUGUUAUCAAUCCUUUUCUGUUGAAGUGUCUUAUUUAAUGUUUAUUGCUUGCCAAAGAGAACAUCGCUGAGACAAGACGUGGCAGGAGCUGGAGGUUCUGACAGUGAGGAUUUUUAAAUGUCAGGCUAGUGCAGGACAUUAGAAUAGCUGGAGAUGGUUUUUUACAAGAGACACACCAUUUAUUCCCACCCUUUUGGUGUGCCUGGCCUGUUGUGUGUGACUGUGUGUGUCCUUUGUGUCCUUUGUGUACAGUGUGAUCCCACAAACAUCAUGGCCUCCCUUCUCAGCAGAGUUCAGGGCAGAGAAGUGAUUGGUACUGGUCCACUGCUACCAGGAUGGAAAGAAUCCAUCUGCAGUGCUCCAGAAUACAUUUAGAGAGGACUGGCUAGGAACAGCGAAGCUCCUUACAGACUUCUGUUCUCUUACUAGACUGCCUCCUGCCCGCCCGUCUGCCUGCCUGGGAUAGAGGGUUGUCAGCCAGUCAAGACGGAGCCUGGUUGUUGCAUCGCUGAAAUAGUUUUUUCUGCUUUGAAUACCAAAAAGGAAACAAAAGUAGAUGCUUUAAUGCAUAAACAAUUUUUAAGAAUUUAAAUAUGCAAUUAGAAAUUGGUGUGUUUUGAGUCUCAAGCACCUUGCUUUUUCUAUUUACUUAGGUCCACUGAUUUUGGGGGUUUAUUUUCCUUUAGGAAGAGGCUCAGCUAGGAAUCUCGGGUUUGGUGGCGUGUCCGUUCUUUCUGAGAGGUCUGGAGGAAGGAAGGUCAUUGGGCAGGGAGCGCGGCAGGACUUUCCGGUCCUGCUGCGGCUGAUCAUGCGCUUGUUGGCCAGGGAGCACUUGUGAAGAUCAGGACCAGGGCCUGGCCUGCUGGUCCGACCUGAGGGCAGGUAGCAAAGCCACACUGGGCACAGCUGAGUUUUGUGUCUUUGUCACCAGCCUGCUGUGGAGUUGGAAGACGGUGGGAAUGGCGAGAUGGAGGGGCCCGGUUUGCACAAGCCCCUGCCACAGCCUUCCGCUCUCCUCGCUUUCUCAAGUGCUUGCUCCUGCUACCGGGUUGUGUCCAGCACCGAGGCAGCAGCUUUCUCUCUCUGUCUGUGGUUCUGUCUGGCUUCUUCAAGUCCAGGCUCUUUUCCUUCCAGUUUAAUCCCUCAUGGCAAUAUCUAGAAUUCAUGCUAACCCUCAGGAGGCGUGGCAGGCCAGAGCGGCAGGGCUGGGCCCUGUCCCCUUGCAUGCUUCUUGGUUUGGAACGCCCUCCAGCCCUGAAGAGUUACGUGCCAGUGUGCUCGUGAUCAUGGUCGCUCUUUGGGGGGAAAGAGGCGCCCAUUCUCAUUGGACAGAGGGGAAAGGUGGUCUUUGCCUAGCUGCUUUUGCUGCGGUCUCGUGUAAAACAGCACUGUGCUUUAAACUUUUUAUUACAUUGUCUUUCCAGUGAGAUAAUGCAAGAAACCACUUAGCUUUCAAAGCUGAGUGGUCUGGUCUUACGUACGUGAAGACUCUAACAUAUCAAGAAUUAGGUGCGUUGGCAGGGUGCAUUUGGGACAUGGUAACUGCUUCAGAUAGAAUGUCACUCAAGCUUUGUGUUCUUAAAAUUAUCAAUGUGAAUGUCAUAAUUAUAUAUAUUUUUGGGGGAAAUUCUCCUAAGUAUAAGUUAUUGUGCAAAAUAUAGUAUCAUGAACACAAAUAAUAGUUAACUUUUAGUUUAGGAAUCCCUAAAAGAUCAAUUGUAUUGCAUAUGCAUUAAAAGUUUGUUUUAUUUAAUUUUGUGUAGAUGUGUAAAGUCUUAGGUAAAAGUCCUUUUCACUUACCAUUUAGACACCUGUUACUUGAAUGUCGCGUGGACUGGCGAGCAGCAGUGGUCGUCUCUGUAACGUAGCUGUAGCUGGGAAGCUGGCGCCCACCCAGUCGCCGCUGGGGCGCACAGUCAGGUGUGCGUGUGGGCGGGAGCCGGUUAGCACUGUCCGCCCACUGCCUUGUCUUGUGUGUUUGUCAAGACAUGGCUUCCUCAAGAUAGUUACUGGUUUUAAUCUAUAAGAUCCGCUGGGAUCACAAGCCUCUAAUCGCAAAAGACGAAAGGCUUACUGUGUUGGAGUAAUUCAGUAGUUGCUUUCUGUUCAUAUAAAAGUUCCUCAAAUAUCACACGCCACUCUGCGUGCUCAUUGUCACUUUAAAUUUCAACUAUACCCUAUUUUUGUCUUUCUAAAUAUCAGAUGUACUAUUGGUAUAAUUGUACACCAAAAAUAAGCCAAACAGUGCAUUACACUAACUGGAUCCCUGCUUUUAUGUGAGCAAAGGAAAGACAGAGCCAACGCCCAACACGAGCCUCUCUCUCCACUAGCCUGUUUCUAUGAGUAGUGACCCAGGAUUCAAGCUUUUGGUAUCAAGCAAUCUUUGCCUCCAAUUACUCGGAGUAGUUAGAGCCUCCUAAUCUAAUCUAGUGACCUCGUGCAAUGCUCUUUCUGCCACUCCCGGAUCUCCGUGGCUUUUCCUAACUUUAGUAAAGCACAAUGGCAGGAACGCUAUAUAGUUGAGAAGAAGGCAGGUCAGUAUAGUCUAUGCAUGUUGUAAAAUAAUGAGUGUUUACAGUCACCUUCUACAGCGAAGUUUAUACCGGAGCCCACAGUGCUCCACCAUCUAGACUUACAACUUUGCUAAGUGCUUUUUAGAUUGCUUAAAAUUUUUUCAAGAUUUUAAAAGAUGUAUAAGGUUAAGUUUGCAAAUAUAAUGGAAAUGCUGUAUAUCUUUUGAAGUGAUAAAAAUCCACUUUGGAAUUUUAAAGAAAAUAUGUUGUAAUAAUGCUGUUGUAAGUAAUAUUUUCCUGUCUCUCUGCCUGUUUUCUAUUUCAGCACAUACGUUGUGGUGAAUGUUCAUAGCAUUAUAAUUGCUUAGCCAUUGAAUGAUAAAUUUGUUAGUGGAAAUUGGAAGAUUUGUGAAAUUCUGCAGAAUUCAUUUUUCUAUUUCCAAUAUUUGCUGAAGUUAAAUAAAAAUUUUCAAGCCAUUGA